ACUUCCGGGUUACAGUAUCAGCUCCGGCUCCUCAUACUGACGAAGACAGCGAACCGACACCGACGCGGACGGGACGUUGGAUCGUUAUCAUGGAAACAACUCACUGAGCACCAGAAAACGUGACCGCAAAGCAUGUUGGCGAGGCUGUUCCGCCUCCACGGCCUGCUGGUGGCCGCCCACCCGUGGGAGGUGAUCGUCGGCACCCUGGCGCUCACCGUCUGCCUCAUGUCCAUGAACGGCCUGGCCGCCAGCAGCCACGUGUGCGGCCGGAACCACUGUCCCAAAGUGGAGCGUGAGCCGAGCCGCAGCAGCGACGCCGUCAUCCUGACCGUGACGCGCUGCGCGGCUCUCAUUUACAUCUACUUCCAGUUUCGGAACCUGCGACAGCUGGGCUCCAAGUACAUUCUGGGUAUUGCCGGCUUAUUUACAUUAUUCUCCAGUUUUGUUUUCAGCUCGGUCGUCAUCCACUUCUUCGGCAGAGAGCUGACCGGUCUCAACGAAGCGCUCCCUUUCUUCCUCCUCCUCAUCGACCUGUCCAAAGCCUGCACGCUGGCCAAGUUUGCCCUCAGCAGCAACUCUCAGGAGGAGGUGAGGGAGAACAUCUCCCAGGGCAUGGCCAUCUUGGGCCCCACCUUCACGCUGGAUGCUCUGGUGGAGUGUCUGGUCAUCGGGAUCGGCACCAUGUCAGGUGUGCCGCAGCUGGAGAUCAUGUGCUGUUUCGGCUGCAUGUCGGUGCUGGCCAACUACUUUGUCUUCAUGACCUUCUUCCCCGCUUGCGUCUCGCUGGUUCUUGAGUUGUCGAUGGAAAGCCACGAGGGUCGUCCCAUCUGGCAGCUGAGCCAUUUUGCCCGCGUUCUGGCCGAAGAAGAGCACAACAAGCCCAAUCCUGUGACGCAGAGGGUGAAGCUCAUCAUGUCACUGGGACUCGCUCUGGUCCACGCCCACGCGCGACUGGCGGCCGAGCAUCCGGGCCACAACCGGACAGAGGCGGGCUCCGCGCACAAGAGGCUGGAGCGCGGCGGCGCCUCCAUGCGGCCGCUGCAGCUGAAUGGGGUGGACAUGGAGCAGGUGAUCACGCUGGGCCUGGCCCUGCUGCUUGCCGUCAAGUACGUCUUGUUCGAGCAGAGCGAGACCGAGUCAUCGCUGUCCAUCAAGAACGCCUCGGGCGGCUCGCCCCCCGCCCGCCGGCUGGCGCCCCUGGCCCGUGGCUGCUGCGGGAUGGACUUUGCCAACGGCGCGGCGGCGGCGGCGGGGUCCAGACGUUUGUGCGAGGAGGAAGGGUCCACAGCGGAGGAGGCCAGCACGCCCGAUGAGCCCAAAGCUGAAGCUUGUCCACGCGCGCUCCAGGAAUGUCUGGACAUCCUCGCCGAUCCGCAGCGAGGGCCCCGCUGCCUCAGCGACGGCGAGGUGAUCAACCUCGUGGCGUCGCGUCACAUCCUCAGCUAUAAGCUGGACGCCGUGCUGGAGACCCCCGAGAGGGGCGUGGCCAUCAGGAGGGAGAUAUUGUCUUCCAGGCUCCCCCUUCCCGCCGCCUUGUCGUCGCUUCCGUACAAAAACUACGACUAUGCCAAGGUGACGGGCACGUGCUGCGAGAACGUCAUCGGCUAUAUGCCGGUGCCGGUGGGCGUGGCCGGCCCGCUGCCCUUGGACGACAAGCAGUUUUAUGUUCCCAUGGCGACCACCGAGGGCUGCCUGGUGGCGAGCACGAACCGGGGCUGCCGGGCUCUUUCUCUGAGCGGGGGCUGUCGCAGCAGGGUGCUCGCCGACCGCAUGACUCGGGGUCCCGCGGUGCGGCUGCCUUCGGCCUGCCGCGCCGCCGAGGUCAAAGCGUGGCUGGAGAGCGGCGAGGGCUUGAGCGUCAUCAAAGACGCCUUCGACCAGACCAGCAGGUUUGCCCGGCUGGAGAAAAUGCUGGUCGGCUUAGCGGGGAGGAACCUCUACAUCCGCUUUGAGGCGCCCACCGGAGACGCCAUGGGCAUGAACAUGCUCUCAAAGGGCUGCGAGAAGGCCCUGCAGCGACUGCGGCAGCAGCAUGCCGACGUGGAGGUUCUCUCCGUCAGCGGCAACUUUUGCACCGACAAGAAGUCGGCCGCCAUCAACUGGAUCCUGGGGCGCGGCAAGGGCGCCGUGUGCGAGGCCACCCUCCCUGCCAAGGUGGUCCGCGAGGUGCUGAAGAGCAACACAGCGGCACUGGUGGAGCUCAACAUCAGCAAGAACCUGGUGGGUUCGGCCAUGGCAGGCAGCGUCGGCGGCUUCAACGCGCACGCCGCCAACAUCGUGGCGGCCAUCUUCAUCGCCUGCGGCCAAGACCCCGCGCAGACUGUCGGCAGCGCCAACUGCGUCACGCAGAUGGAAGCGGCUGGCCCCGAUGGCGAGGACCUCUACAUCAGCUGCACCAUGCCCUCCAUCGAGCUGGGGACCGUCGGCGGGGGCACCAACCUGCCGGCGCAGCAGGCCUGUCUGCGGAUGCUUGGAGUCCAAGGCACCAGGCCAGACCAGCCAGGCGAGAACGCCCGGCAGCUGGCCCGCGUGGUCUGUGCCACCGUCCUGGCUGGGGAGCUCUCCCUCAUGGCGGCCUUGGAAGCGGGACAACUCGUCGAGAGUCACAUGACCCACAACAGGUCCAAAUCCAACUUGGCCGCCAUGUCGUCACCUUCUGGGGACGCCUCGUGACACUUGCUGACGCCGUUUUCCUGUGGAAGAUGGAUGCCGGCGACCAUCUUGACAUCCGAGUCGUCAGAGUCCAUGCUGUCGAGCGACUCGAGACUUGACGUGCGAUGCCCACAGCAAGAGCUCAUUUGGCUUUUCUUUUUGAAUGCUUGUUUUUUUUUUUGCAACGAGUAGACUCUCUAAAGUGGGAUGUUUAAGCCAUAAAAGCACUACAGAUUUGAAAGAA